UUCAUUUAUGUCGGCUUGUUCUCUACUACUUCUCUCUCCCAUUUCACAAAACGUAAUAAUACAACAUAUACACAUACGUAUAUCAAUCAUAUCACAGGCUAUAUAUUAUUUUUAAUUAUUAUUACAAUAAUCUUGCAUAGAAUAGAAUAGUAUAAAGGUUGUAGUACAGCAGCAAUAUAAAACAGCUCCCGUUAUCAUUGGCGUCUGAUUUUCCGGCGACUUCUCUGAUUCCCCCCCCCCCCCUCACCACCCCACCACCUUGCACCUGGGGUGAUGUGUAACUUUAUUAUUCUUUCUGCCUUCCCAUUUUUGGAUAGCCAUAUCUAUAAGAUUAUUUGCUAGUUCUUGAUUUUCCGGUGACCGGAACAAGCUGACGAUUUGUUGACAAUGGAAAAGCAAAAGCAUAUUUACAUUUAAGGAAUUUGUGAUCAUAUUUGAUAAUUUGGGCUGAUGCAAUUAUGGAGCUAAUGGUGGUUUAGUACCUAAUAAUUAUUGAUGGAGUUUUCUAUCUUGAGAACGUGAAAAGCAUUUUGUAGCUGGAAUUACGCGAAAGAUUUGUUUUGCACCAAUUCUUAUUUUUAUUCUUCUCUUAAAAUUCUUUUUGGAGAGAAGUGCAACUUCUGCUGAAAUGAAGGCACCAUCAAACGGAUAUAUACCUAAUUCAGGAGAAGGAGAAAGAAAGCUCAUGAAUUCAGAGUUAUGGCACGCUUGUGCUGGCCCAUUGGUUUCUUUGCCUCCUGUUGGAAGCCUUGUGGUAUAUUUUCCUCAAGGUCACAGUGAGCAGGUGGCGGCAUCAAUGCAAAAGGAGACAGAUGGAAUUCCAAGUUAUCCUAAUCUUCCAUCCAAGUUGAUUUGCAUGUUACACAACGUUACUUUACAUGCUGACACUGAAACCGAUGAGGUCUAUGCUCAGAUGACUCUUCAACCUGUAAACAAAUAUGACCAGGAGGCUUUACUUUUGUCUGAUAUGGGCCUUAAGCAGAACAGGCAGCCUGCUGAGUUCUUCUGUAAAACUCUCACAGCUAGUGAUACAAGCACCCAUGGUGGAUUUUCCGUUCCUCGUCGUGCAGCCGAGAAGAUAUUUCCUCCUCUGGACUAUUCUAUGCAACCUCCUGCUCAGGAGCUAAUGGCUAGAGAUUUGCAUGAUCAAGCAUGGACUUUCAGGCAUAUAUAUCGAGGUCAACCAAAAAGACACCUUUUGACUACUGGUUGGAGUGUCUUUAUCUCCUCUAAAAGGUUGUGUGCCGGUGAUUCUGUCCUUUUCAUAAGAGAUGAAAAGUCACAGCUUCUCUUGGGUAUAAAACGAGCGAACAGACAGCAGCCAGCCCUGUCCUCAUCUGUUAUAUCUAGUGACAGCAUGCACAUUGGGAUCCUUGCUGCUGCAGCUCAUGCUGCUGCAAACAACAGCCCGUUUACUAUCUUUUACAAUCCUAGGGCUAGCCCUUCUGAAUUUGUAAUUCCUCUGGCCAAGUAUAGUAAAUCUAUGUACUCACAAGUUUCACUAGGCAUGCGAUUUCGGAUGAUGUUUGAAACGGAGGAAUCUGGAGUCCGUAGGUACAUGGGUACGAUAACGGGUGUUAGUGAUCUGGACCCCAUACGAUGGAAGAACUCACAGUGGCGUAAUCUUCAGGUGGGAUGGGAUGAAUCAACUGCCGGGGAACGUCCAAGCAGAGUUUCAAUUUGGGAUAUUGAGCCUGUCGUGACACCAUUUUAUAUCUGUCCUCCUCCAUUUUUCAGGCCCAAGUUUCAUAAGCAGCCAAGUUUUCCUGGUGAUGAGUCCGAUAUAGAGAAUGUUUUGAAGAGGGGGAUGCCUUGGAUCAGUGACGAAUUCGGUCUAAAAGAUGCUCAAAGCUCAAUAUUCCCUGGACUGAGCUUGGUACAAUGGAUGAGUAUGCAACAAAACAAUCAUCUGCCAGUUGCCCAAACCGGACUUGCCAGUGUCUUGCACAGUAAUAUCGGUACUGAUGACCAUUCUAAGUUGUUGAACUUUCAGUCACCUACAUUAGCAUUACCAGAUCUCCAGUUCAACAAACCAAAUCAGCUAAACCAACAAUUUGGUCAAAUCCAGCAGCCACCAUUAGCAUGGGCCCAACAGCAACAACCACCGUUACAGUCUCCUAUAAUUGCACAGCAGCGGCAACACACACUACAACAGCAGCAGCAACAUCAACAGCAACAACACCUGCAGCAGCAACAGCAACAGCAACAACAACACUCGCAGCAGCAACAGCAACAACAGCAGCAGCAGCCACAGCAACACAUGUUGCAUCAGCAGUCACAGCCACAGCCACAACCACAGCUUCAUCAGCAAGCACAGCAGCAGCUGCAGCAGAAACAACGUCCAUCCCAACAGCAACAUUUGACUGUGAAUUCAUCACCAGUAAAUCAUUGUGUAUCUCCUAACCAGAUACCAAACCAAACUUUUCCACAAGCUGUGAUAUAUGGUCAACUUCAGCAACAACAGGUACUAUCAUCUAGUAUCCAAUCACAGCAAAAUGUUCCUGUCAAUAGAAAUCCAUUUCCUUCGCCAUCCUUGGCACAGGACCUCCAAUUUCAGCAACAAGUGGAACAGCAAUCUAACCUCUUGCAAAAAUCCCAGCAGCAGCACACUAUACCACAAGAAGCUCCACUUCAAUUAUUGCAACAAAGUUUGAUGCAGAGGCCCCAAGUGCAACCAUCAUCACAGCAGAGCCUCACGGAGCAGCAGCUGCAGCUACAGCUUCUUAAUAAACUACAGCAGCAGCAGAAGCAACAAGCACAGCUAUUAUCUCCUGUAAGCUGUACCCUGGAGCCACGUAUGUCCCAGCAACAACAGAACCGGCAACCACAAGAGCUCCAGUUUGCUCAUCAGCAAUUAAGUUCCAGCAUCAUGAUGGCAGCCACACAUCUCCAGUCGCCCCAGCAUGCUUUCAACCAACUCCAAAACCAGAACAAAUUGCCUAUAACAAUCAAAGGAAUUUCUGGUGCUACAGAUGGAGAUGCUCCUUCAUGUUCAACCUCUCCUUCUACAAACAAUUUCCAAGUUUCACCACCAAACUUCUUGACCAGGAACCAAGAGCAAGCACUACAGGUGGAUGAGUCGGUAGUUGAUCCUUCUCAAGAGCAAAACAAAUCCGAAUUUCGAAUAAAACAUGAACCACCAUUCUCAAAAGGUUCAGAGCAGUCUAAAUACAAAGCUAGUGGUACUGAGAACUUAGAGGCAGCCUCAUCGACAACGUCCUAUGGGCUGGAUUAUAGUGGUUUCAACUUUUCAUUGCCUGCAUUAUGUGUGGAUGGUGAUGUUCAAUCACAUUCUAGGAGCAGUCUUCCUUCAGCAGUAAAUAAUAUAGAUGGAUUGAACCCUGAUGCUUUGCUAUCAAGGGAUUAUGAUUCUGGAAAGGAUAUGCAAAACCUAUUCUCUCCUUUUGGCAAUGCCCCUAAGGAUAUAGAAACUGAGUUGUCUGAUGCUGGGAUCAAUUCUCAACAAUUUGGGGUGCCAAACAUGUCAUAUAAGCCAAGAUGUGCCAGUGAUCUUGCUGUUAUUGACAAUGGGGUUCUGAAUAAUAAUUCAUGGAUGAAUCAGACUCAACGCAUGAGAACAUAUACAAAGGUUCAAAAACGAGGCUCUGUGGGAAGAACUAUAGAUGUCACUCGCUACGUAGGCUAUGAUGAAUUAAGGCAUGAUCUAGCACGUAUGUUUGGAAUUGAGGGACAGCUUGAAGAUCCUCAAAGAACUGAGUGGAAGCUUGUAUAUGUUGACCAUGAGAAUGAUAUACUACUUGUUGGUGACGAUCCUUGGGAGGAGUUUGUGAGCUGUGUUCAGAGCAUCAAAAUACUGUCUUCUGCUGAAGUUCAGCAAAUGAGCUUGGAUGGAGAUUUAGGUAAUGUGCCAAUACCAAACCAAGCUAGCAGUGGAACUGACAGUGGUAAUGCGUGGAGGGGACAUUAUGAUGACAACUCAGCUGCAUCAUUUAAUCGAUGAAGGUGCUCCAAUUAAAUGCACUAACUUCUGAAUACGUUUUCAACACAUUUCCCUUGAGGCUGCGAACAACUCAGAUCAGCAUAUUCCAACUGUAAGUGAGGUGGUAGAACCUUGUGUUCUAGGCAGCUGAUGGAAGCAACUCAUGACGUGUCUUUUAUACUUGACGUGAAUUUACAUACCUUUCAAAGUCCCUGCAUGUCCUGUGGCACAGUUGAUAUUAGAUUAGUUCGAUUGCUACUUUAUUGUAAGGUGCAAACUUUAUCAGUGAGAGAAUUUUUAAAUUUAUUAUUUUUCAGAUCAAGUAGGUGUAAAUUAGCUUAGAAAUUAAGGCAUGACAAAAUUUCAGGAAGAAACAUUCCUGUUGUACUAAAUUUAACAGAAAAUGUAUAUCUUUGACGCUUGUGAAAAUUUUGUCUGAUGACAUUGCUACGCUUCAA